AUGAAAACUUUCGUGUGUGUCGUUCUUCUCGCUGCUGUCGCCAUCGCGACCCCUGAAGGCAAGCGGGACAAGCGCGGCUUCUUGCUCGGAGGCUCCCAUGGAUACGGCGGAUACAGCAGCAUUGGUGGAUACGGUGGUGGCUUCGGCGGAUACGGUGGGGCUAUCAUUGAAUCUGCGCCCGCAAGAAUCGUGUCCGUCCACAAGGUCGUCGAAGUACCAAAGGUAAUAACUAUCAACAAAGUGGUGUCUGUGCCGAAGGUCGUUUCCGUGCCCCAAAUCGUGAAGGUGUCCAAGAUCGUGUCGGAGCCCGUGCACUACUCCUCCGGCUGGUGGUGA